GGCGGGGUGGCGAGCCGGAGCGCCAGCGGGCCAGGGCCGGAGCCGAGCCGGGGUCGGGGAAACAGCGGGGACCCUCGGAGGCGGGGCCAGUGGGACCGCGAUGGGCGUGGAGAUCGAGACCAUCUCCCCGGGAGACGGAAGGACAUUCCCCAAGAAGGGCCAGACGUGUGUGGUGCACUACACAGGAAUGCUCCAAAAUGGGAAGAAAUUCGAUUCAUCCAGAGACAGAAACAAACCUUUCAAGUUCAGAAUUGGCAAACAGGAAGUCAUCAAGGGUUUCGAAGAGGGCGCAGCCCAGAUGAGCUUGGGGCAGAGGGCGAAGCUGACCUGCACCCCUGAUGUGGCGUAUGGAGCCACGGGCCACCCCGGUGUCAUCCCUCCCAAUGCCACCCUCAUCUUUGACGUGGAGCUGCUCAACUUAGAGUGAAGGCAGGAAGGAACUGAAGGUGGCUGGAGAUUGCUGCUGCUCACCCUCCUAGCCUGCUCUGCCACUGGGACGGCUCCUCCUGCUUGGGGCUCUUGAUCAGUGCGCUAACCUCACUGCCCCAGCGCAUUAUCCAUUCUCUCUGCCCAAGUUGCUCUGUAUGUGUUCCGUCAUUGUUCACGCGCAUCUUUGCUUGAGGAAACUGCAGUUGCAGAUUGAAAUGUUUCAGGUUGUGCAUUUUGCGUGAUGCAUGUAGUAGCCACUCCUGAUCACAGAACAGAUUUCUUGUUCGCACAAUCUACGCUGCCUUACCUUUACUUAAGCCAGACACACAAGGUGCUCAGACAUGAAAUGUACGUGGUGUACACAGAGGGACUUGAGCCAGUUGCCUUUGCUGUCACUUUCUCUCUCGGAAAUUCUGCUGACUUAAACGAUGUCCUUUUUGGAAAUGAUACGAAAAAUAAAGGCUCUGUGCUUGACAAA